GUCUGGGUGACUUCACUGGGCGCUCGGGGUCCUGAGCUGCGAGAGGGCGCCCUGAUAGUGCUCCUGGGCCAUUCGUGGCCAGGGUUGAAAGUUGGAAUUUCUGGAGUUGGUUCUUUUUAGGCCAGUGGUGGGAUGGUGUGUGGUGUUUCUUUUUAUUUUUAAAUAGGAGGAAAGCAAAGUAUGAGCCAUGGUAGAUGGUGGGUAUUAGUAAGUGAGGCGCAGUAGUGUUAGUAUGAGAUUUAAUUACAUUGAGGUAGUUUUUGCAGGACCAUCUGCAGACCCAGAAGCAUUCUACUUAAAGAGUUUAUGUUCGUUUCACAAUAAUAAUGGUUAUGAAAGCAUCUGUAGAUGAUGAUGAUUCAGGAUGGGAGCUCAGUGUCCCUGAAAAAAUGGAAAAAAGCAAUACAAGCUGGGUGGACAUAACCCAAGAUUUUGAAGAAGCUUGUCGAGAAUUAAAGCUGGGAGAACUGCUUCAUGAUAAGCUAUUUGGUCUUUUUGAAGCCAUGUCUGCUAUUGAAAUGAUGGAUCCCAAGAUGGAUGCUGGCAUGAUUGGAAACCAAGUUAAUCGAAAAGUUCUCAAUUUUGAACAAGCUAUCAAGGAUGGCACCAUUAAAAUUAAAGACCUCACCUUGCCUGAAUUGAUAGGGAUAAUGGAUACAUGUUUUUGCUGUUUGAUAACAUGGUUGGAAGGCCAUUCCUUGGCACAGACAGUAUUUACGUGCCUUUACAUUCAUAAUCCAGACUUUAUAGAAGAUCCUGCUAUGAAAGCUUUUGCUCUGGGAAUCUUGAAAAUCUGUGACAUUGCAAGAGAAAAAGUAAACAAAGCUGCUGUUUUUGAAGAAGAAGAUUUUCAGUCAAUGACUUACGGAUUUAAAAUGGCUAACAGUGUGACAGAUCUUCGAGUUACAGGCAUGCUAAAGGAUGUGGAGGAUGACAUGCAAAGAAGAGUAAAGAGUACUCGAAGUCGACAAGGAGAAGAAAGAGAUCCAGAAGUUGAACUAGAACACCAACAGUGUUUAGCAGUGUUCAGCAGAGUGAAAUUUACUCGUGUAUUACUGACUGUGCUUAUAGCCUUUACCAAGAAAGAGACCAGUGCUGUUGCAGAAGCUCAAAAAUUGAUGGUUCAAGCAGCAGAUCUUCUUUCUGCCAUUCAUAAUUCAUUGCAUCAUGGCAUCCAGGCCCAGAAUGAUACUACAAAAGGAGAUCAUCCAAUUAUGAUGGGUUUUGAGCCCCUUGUUAACCAGAGGCUACUUCCACCCACCUUCCCUCGAUAUGCAAAAAUAAUUAAAAGGGAAGAAAUGGUUAACUAUUUUGCAAGAUUAAUAGAUAGAAUAAAAACUGUGUGUGAGGUUGUGAACUUAACAAAUUUACAUUGUAUCCUGGAUUUUUUCUGUGAAUUUAGUGAACAGUCACCAUGUGUUCUCUCAAGAUCACUGUUACAAACCACUUUCCUGGUGGAUAACAAAAAGGUCUUUGGAACUCAUCUCAUGCAAGACAUGGUUAAAGAUGCCCUUCGGUCUUUUGUCAGUCCUCCGGUGCUUUCCCCCAAGUGCUGCCUAUAUAAUAAUCACCAGGCUAAGGACUGUAUUGACUCUUUUGUUACUCACUGUGUUCGGCCAUUUUGUAGUCUUAUUCAGAUCCAUGGACAUAACAGGGCUCGGCAGAGAGAUAAACUUGGGCAUAUUCUGGAAGAGUUUGCUACUUUGCAGGAUGAGGCAGAGAAGGUUGAUGCAGCGCUUCACACUAUGCUGUUGAAACAAGAACCCCAAAGGCAACAUUUGGCCUGUUUAGGGACAUGGGUCCUUUAUCAUAACCUUCGAAUCAUGAUACAGUAUCUGCUAAGUGGCUUUGAGUUGGAGCUCUACAGCAUGCAUGAGUACUACUACAUAUACUGGUAUCUUUCUGAAUUCCUUUAUGCAUGGUUGAUGUCCACACUGAGUCGUGCUGAUGGCUCUCAAAUGGCAGAGGAAAGGAUAAUGGAAGAGCAGCAGAAAGGCCGGAGCAGUAAAAAAACAAAGAAAAAAAAGAAAGUUCGCCCGUUGAGCCGGGAGAUCACAAUGAGUCAAGCAUACCAGAACAUGUGUGCUGGAAUGUUUAAAACCAUGGUAGCAUUUGACAUGGAUGGCAAAGUACGCAAACCCAAGUUUGAGCUCGAUAGUGAACAAGUUCGAUACGAGCACAGAUUUGCUCCCUUCAACAGUGUGAUGACCCCGCCACCAGUGCACUAUCUACAGUUCAAGGUGAACCUGCGCACUGAGGAAAUGUCGGACCUCAAUAAAUACAGUCCACCUCCUCAGUCUCCAGAACUGUAUGUGGCAGCUAGUAAGCAUUUUCAGCAGGCAAAAAUGAUAUUGGAAAAUAUCCCCAACCCAGACCAUGAGGUCAAUAGAAUUUUAAAGGUUGCCAAACCCAAUUUUGUGGUUAUGAAGUUAUUGGCAGGAGGACACAAAAAGGAGUCCAAGGUUCCUCCUGAAUUUGAUUUCUCUAUUCACAAAUACUUUCCUGUUGUGAAACUUGUUUGAGAGAGACUGAAACCAUGACCACAAAAAGGUAGAAUCUGCUUUCAGAUUCUGCUCUUCGAGGAUAUAUCCAUCAGUCUCACCAUAUAACGUGAAGUGAAAUGGAUUUCUUGGAUGACAACCCAUUGUAAAGAAUACUUUUAGUUUGACAGCCUUACAUGACAUGAAUGAAAACUGCUGUUUUAAAGUGGUUUAUUAUGUUCCAUGGAUGAAACUGGUCUACAUGGUUUUAUUACAGAUUUAAUCAUAAAUCAUUUUUUAUGAAUGAGUGAAAAUAGUGUUUGUAAAGGCUAAUAAAUUUCUUGACAAAAAACGUACUACUGGAGAUAAAAGACAGUACCAUGUGAAACAUA